GGGAAAAACGGUCUCACCGUCACUUUCCCGAGCUGAAUCUGAUGUAUCAUACGUGGAAAUUAAUUUCAAUAACCUCUCGGCGCACCGAGUCCGGACAGAUCGAGACGGUCUGAACUCCAUCUACUCAGAGCUGAACUUUCGGAAAGUGGAGCCCCGCAUCGAUGAGGACGAAGAUCUUCCCAUUUCCCUGGGACCAGGCGGGUUGUCAACCUCUGCACAAACAGCUGCGCAGGAACAGGAGACGAAACAGAACAUCGGAAAAAUAACCUGCCUUAAGAUCUUCCUACUUUGCCUCGUUAUGUUCAGCCUCGUCGCGGUAGUGGCCGGGCUGUCGAUCUAUGUGUCACAGAUUCGUCAGUCUAAGGAAACCUGUCACCGAAACUACAAUGAGUUAAACUCAACCCUUCAAACCAAGCUUUCUGCGCUCAACUCAAAUCUGUCCGUUUUUAAACGAAAGCACAGCGAUAUCCGUCACCAGUUCACUGAGAUGGAAACGAAGUACAGAUCUGUCAUCGAAAGCAAGGCUCGAAUCUGUAAUUUUUGGACUAGCAGCAGAGAGCAAACGUGUUCCGAGGACUGGGUCACAAAUACAGACCGGUGUUAUUACGUAUCCACGUUUGAAACUUCAUUCCCAAGAGCAAUGCAAGGAUGUUCAAACCGUGAUUCAAGCCUGCUGGAAAUCAAUUCAAGGGAUAAAGCGAGUUUUGUUUCACGGUCUCUCGUUCGCCGUAACCUUCCUUACUGGAUUGGACAAUGUGAAACCGGGAAUGCCGUCCAUGGUCUGAUGUGCAAGGUGACCUCCGGAAGUUCCUCCUGCAGUGAAUGCACUUCGAGUGGAGGGAGUGACUAUUGCCUUCAUGAUAAGCACCAUUUCAUCUGCGAGAAGUCCGCCCCCUGCUGCCCGGAUAUUCCUGAAAAGAUCCAGGUUCUCUGUCAACAGCCCGGAGAGCCGACUAGAAUCAAAUGA